GGGGGAUUUGGGCCACCAGUAAAGGCCUGGCAGCAUGAGAUGGUAAAGCAGGGCAAUAAAUAUUUGAGAAACGGAAGUUCAACAAGGCCACUGCCACCGCCAACACCAAGUAUCUUUAUUUAAACAAUUUUAGUGAUGGAUUUUGCAGGUGGGUCUACAUUGGAGGAGCCACCAAAGAGUCCAAGGUCUCCACCUGCUUGUGUGGAUUUGUAUGGCAAGAGGAGACAGAUGGUCAAGGUUCAAGUUUUGGAGAGAGAGAUUGGUCAGCUUCAGGAGGAGUUGAAAACUGUUGAAGAUCUUCAGCUAGCUUCAAGAUGCUGCAAAGAGGUUGAUGAGUUUGUAAGGGCUAAAGCGGAUCCUUUAAUCACUAUAAAUCAGGAGACGUGUAAAUCCAAGCCCUUCUGGAAGAGAAUCUGGGGAAAAUUAUACUCCAAUCUUCUGUGGAUUUGUUGCUGUUGUGGUUGCCUGCAUCAUCUACAAACACAAACCUGCUGCGGUACUUGCUCUGUGUCAUGUUGCUCACCAUGUCCAUGUCCCAGCUGCUGCUGCUGCUGCUCCAGGAAAGUCACGUGUCAAAGCUGCUGCAAUUUUACAGGACUCUCAUGUCUACACAGUGCUUGCUGCUGUUUCAAGUCGUCAACUUAUAAGUGUAAAAAGGUGAAUCUUUGUUCUAAUUUUGCAAAAUCCUGUCAUAAAACUUGCUGUCUAUAGUUACCCAAGAAACUUAUACCUUUCAGGCCUUUUCAACUUCUUAUAUAAUUAAAUUGUAAUUAGCACCAAUGUUGCUAAUAGCUAGAUCCUAGUCCUUUGUGACAAAAUUUCAAUAAAACAACUU